ACAAUUACUCCAAUGGAUUUUGUUAAAAUUUAAUCAAACUUGUAGAGCCUUUGAGUUAAAAAUUUGUAUCAUCAUAAGCUGAUCUUUAAUUCUGUAUCAUUAGUUUUUCUGUGUGGGUUGUUUAUCCCCCUUCGACCAUUUGGCUCCCCUAACUACGCCCCCCAGCUUGUGGUUAGAAGCAACGUUUGCUGGCGCUGCCUUUUGUUUAGGUUUGUUGUUGCGCUGUCCGUCAGUCUGCGCUGGUUUCCGCAGACGUGGAGAGGUGUCCGCUCGCUAGUGCUCUCUCUCGCUGCCGCUCCGCCUGAAUACCGCUUCCGCUACAAGUAACAACUAAUAACUAACAACUGCCGCUCCGGCAGAGAAAAUGCGCUGGCAGUUGCAGCUCCAAACGCUCCAAACGCUUCGAACGCUCAAACAACUCCAAUAGGAAUCCAAAUAUCCAGAAAUCGGCAAAUCCAAUCAGAAUGCCACCGCACAAAUGGACGGACGAAUCGCGCGACGCGUCCUGCUACUACGAGGGUACAUCUGCGUCCAGGUUCCGCCGGCCGUCGUCCUCCUCCAACUCGUCCGCCGAUGUGGACCGCUCCGAUGACGAAGCGGACGACGAACGGGAGGCGUUCUGCUCCGGCGAACGACCGCUAAUCCGCUCCAGCGGCGCAGCGGAGGUGAACCAUGGCUGUGGCCCCAAAACACGUCACAUCUUCGGAUUCAUGGGCUUCCUGGGAUUCGCCGUCGUCUAUGCGAUGCGGGUAAAUCUCUCGGUGGCCAUUGUGGCGAUGGUCAACCAGACGGCCAUCCCGCACAGCAACUCAUCGGUGGUCGAUACGGACACCUGUCCGCUGCCGGAACCAAAUCACAACGGCACCGAUCCGAAUCCGCAGAGGGAGGGCGACUUCGUUUGGGACGAGGCCACGCAGGGAUUGGUCCUCGGCAGCUUCUUCUACGGCUAUGUGCUGACCCAAGUGCCCGGCGGACGAAUGGCCGAGUUGUACGGCGGCAAGAAGAUCUACGGCUAUGGAGUACUGAUCACGGCAAUCUUCACACUUCUAACCCCGCUGGCUGCCCAUUGGGAUCUGCCGCUCCUGGUUCUGGUCCGCAUCCUGGAGGGAAUGGGCGAGGGUGUCACCUAUCCGGCCAUGCACGCCAUGCUGGCCCAGUGGAUACCGCCGCUGGAGAGGAAUAAGUUCGCGGCCGUCGUCUAUGCGGGUUCCAAUAUCGGAACAGUGAUAUCGAUGCCGCUGGCGGGUUGGCUGUGCUCCCUGGACUUCCUGGGCGGCUGGCCAUCGGCGUUCUACAUCUUCGGACUGCUGGGCAUCUUGUGGUUCAUGGCCUGGAUGUAUCUGGUGUACGACAAGCCCAGCGAUCAUCCGCGGAUCUCCAGUUCGGAGCGGGAGUACAUCGAGAGGAGUCUGCUGACCCAGCGGCUGAUGAUCGGCGAGGAGGACUUGGCAGAGCCGGAGGAGGAUGGAGGCGAGGGGGACGAGGUGAAUCUGAGGCGACCGCAGGACGAUCCAAUACCCUGGACAAAGCUGCUCACAUCGGUGCCCCUGUGGGCCAUCCUAAUAACCCAAUGUGGCCAAGGUUGGGCCUUCUACACACAGUUGACUGAACUGCCCACCUACAUGAGCAACAUCCUCCACUUCGACAUCCAAUCGAAUGCGCUGCUAAAUGCCAUUCCCUACCUGACCGCCUGGUUCGUGGGCAUCGCCUGCUCCACUCUGGCGGAUUGGAUGCUCGCCAGGCGAUACAUAUCCCUGCUGACCUCCUACAAGAUGUGGAACACGGUGGGCUCGGUGAUUCCGUCGCUGGGACUGAUCGGCAUCAUCUAUGUGGGCUGCGAUUGGGUGUGGGUCACCUUCAUGCUGGCCGGCGUGGGAUCUUUUGGCGGAGCCGUCUACGCCGGCAACCAGAUGAACCACAUAGCCUUGAGUCCCAAGUAUGCUGGCACCAUGUAUGGAAUUACCAAUUCGGCGGCAAAUAUUUGCGGAUUUCUGGCACCGUAUGUCAUCGGGUUGAUAAUCAAUCACCGCGAAACGCUGACCCAGUGGCAUCUGGUCUUUUGGCUGGCGGCGGGCUUGAACAUCGCCGGUAACUUCAUCUACCUGAUCUUCGCCAGCGCCGAGGAGCAAAGCUGGUCGAAGGCACCGCCAACCGCACGCAUCUCACGAUCCCCACGCGCCUGAAGCUUGAAGCUUGAAGCAAGCAAGAAAGAUAGAAAGAAACUAUUCGCUAUUUUAGUUAGUUUAUAAGCAUUUGUGAUAAUUCCGAUAUGAGCGCGUAUAUAUUCUACAUAUAUAUGCGAUCGACGUUUCCCAGUUGCAGUAUGUAAGAAGUGGCUUCCAAAUACCGAAACUAGUGCUACCAAAUUGAAUUGGGUAAUCGAAAAAGGACGUUAACUGUUUUAGUGUAUUGUAUACGUGUAUCGUCCUUUUAUAUGGACUUUUGUUUUGCUAGGCGUCUUUUUUGUAUAACCAUAUACCAAUAACAACUAUAUAUAUUUAUAUAUCUAAGAUAUACACGCUCGAAGGCACUUAGAUCUGACGAAAAAAACAGCACAAACAUAUCGAACGGCUUUAGCAGACUGUAACCAAUAAAUCGAUGUGAGUGAGUAAAAUUUUAA